ACUAGAGUUGAUGUCCAUGCCUUUCUCCCCUCUUUUCAGAGCUGUUGCGCAGCUGUUGGAACCUGUGUGGAGGAAACCUAGUCUACGAUCAAGGAGCUUGCGGCCACAGUGGCAAAAUAUUUUUCAUGUCAGAGGCUGAGCACGCUUGUAGUCGUUUAUGUCAUCCCCUCUUUUCCAGACAGAAGAUCCCAAAAAAUCCCCAUUCAAGAUCUUUUUAUCUUACUGAUAGUGCUAGUGGCCAGUCAAAAUGUCUGUCAACGUCAACCGCAGUGUGGCAGACCAGUUCUAUCGCUACAAGAUGCCCCGUCUGAUUGCUAAGGUGAUUAUCUGGUAUAAUAUUGUCAUGAUCCUGUCAGGAAAAUGGCAUCGUCAUUCAACAUUCUUGAUAUUUGCGUCCUUGGUCAGUUGUAUGUUUUCCAAUGAAAUGUGCAGGCCUCAAUGGUGAUCCAUAUGCAAAAUGAUUCUGCUAAGUUAUUUAUGGUUUUUGUGGUCUGAUUUGUGUCCAGGUUGAGGGCAAAGGAAAUGGAAUCAAGACAGUCAUUGUCAACAUGACUGAUGUUGCAAAGGCACUGAGUAGGCCUCCAACAUGUAAGUUGACCUCCCCACUACCAUAAUGUUGUUGAUUCUAAAAUGGUUACGUUGACUUGCACCAUACAUUGAUAAUGUUACCUUCACUUGACUAAAUGUUAGGUAGCUGUUGUGUGCAUAACCAUCCAUUAGCUUAGUGGAUGUUGAUUGCGACUCAUAUGCUCUUUGCAGAUCCGACCAAGUUUUUUGGUUGUGAGCUUGGUGCGCAGACCCAGUUUGAUGCAAAGAAUGACCGCUUCAUCGUCAACGGAUCCCAUGAGGCGAACAAGUUGCAGGAGAUGCUUGAUGUAUUUAUCCGUAAAUUUGUGCUGUGUCCUGAGUGUGAUAACCCUGAAACCGAUUUGGUAAAUAUUUGAUGAACAUAUUUGUCCUUUGUGGUGGGCGUUUGGGUAGUGUUGUCAAGAGCGGGACAGGAAUGAAAUUUGUUGAAUGGAAUUUGACCGUUUUAUACCAAAGCCACAGAUGUUGGUCAAUUAUUUUCCUGGUAGUGUUUCUUCCUUUUUUUUAUCAUGUCUUUUAAUUCACUCCGUGUUUAGUGAUUUAUCAAGUUCUGUUUGAUGUCCUUCCUGAGGCGUGUAGAUAUAAUAAAGACCUGGUCAUGUUUUUAUAUAUAACUUGUUCUCAACUGGCUUACCUGGUUAAAUAAAUAUAUAGAUUUAUUUGACAUCCUGCCAACCUUGAUUUGUGCCAUAUCUGCCAUUUUGGGUCCUACUUGUGAAUGCCCCAGCCAUUCGGGAUCUCAUCUGCUACAUCAUACACUGCAGUGAGAGAUCAAGUGGCUUUUUCUCCAGCAAUGCAGUUAUGGUCUGUUUUGGGGACAUGAUUGCUUGUCUAUCAUGGGUGGUAUAAAGAGUGAUUAUGCUAAUAAUUUGGUUGACCUUUCAUUGCAGCAUAUCAAUCCUAAGAAACAAACCAUUGGUAACUCCUGUAAGGCCUGUGGGUACCGUGGCAUGCUAGACACUCGACACAAGCUCUGCACGUUUAUCCUCAAAAACCCACCAGGUAAGCACAUAAUAAGAAUUUGCCCAGGACCAGUUUGUUUUUCUUACUGAUCGAAAAGUCAUGUCUGAUAUGUGGCCUGUUGCGUGACAAAGCACCGGUGGCUUUUUCAACAGAAAAUGAACCUGGAUCUGUGAAGGAGAAAAAAGAGAAGAAGAACCGUAAGAAGGACAAGGAGAAUGGCUCUGGCAGCGGAGAGGCUGGGAACCAUAACGACAUAGAUGCCCCUGAUGCCGUGGUGAGUAUCCUCAAUAAUGUAUGCAAGCCAUGUCAGUUCCCUUAAGUUCUUAAUGCUAGUGGUUGAAUAGGGGGAACCAACCUCCCUCACCCCCCUUCAAGCUAUUAUUGUUCUGAAGGACUAGUCUGUCAGUAACUCAAGCCUGUCUGUCUAGCAGCUAUUGAUCCUGUGAGAACGUGUUGUGUAUCAGGACGGUGAUGAUGAUGACGAGGAUUGGGCAGAGGAGACCACGGAGGAGGCACAGAGACGAAGAAUGGAGGAGAUCAGCGCCCAUGCCAAGAACCUGACCCUCAGUGAGGACCUGGAGAAGACCCUGGAGGAGAGGGUCAACAUAUUCUAUAACUUUGUCAAAGUAAUUUUAAUUUUUUAUUUAGCCUUUAUUUAUACAGGUUUUUCUCAUUGAGAGAAAAUCUAUUUUUCAAGAGAGACCUGGUCCAACAGCAGCAGGGGGAACAAAGUUUCAGACAAAACUACUUACAUACACUAACACGACAUUGAACAAAACUAUAGACACACAUACAGUACAACAAUUACAUAUUACGUAACCGCUGUCCUAAAGACAAUUACACUCUUCUAUGAUAUUUACAUCGAUCAAGUGUUUAAACUCCACUAACUUUACUAGAUUUUACAUUUUAGUCAUUUAGCAGACGGUCUUAUCCAGAGCGACUUACAGUUAGUGCAUACAUUUUCAUACUGGCCCCCUGUGGGAAUCGAACCCACAACCCUGGCGUUGCAAAUGCCAUGCUCUACCAACUGAGCUACACUGGGCCUAGAUCAUCAAGUUGUGCCUGAAACCAGUUACAAGGACAAUGAAAGUCGGUGAUCCAUUGUGACAUUUUCUCAUUGAUAUAGGGGAACAAUGAAAGAGUGAACAUUUUAUGAUGGGGACCUAGAAGUUUUGACUAGCCAUAAGUAAUUGUUUCUGUUCCACAAACAGAGCUAUCUUUGUGUUGCUUGGCUUCUUAGGGGCUAUUUUGAAGAUCAUGGUGUUAAAAGCUUUCUUGCUGUGGUUACUUUCCCCAUCUCCAGCAAAAAAGGGAUGAUGGCGCUAUUGAUGCAGCAGAUAAGGAGAUCUUGGCGGAGGCAGAGCGUCUGGAUGUGACAGCCAUGGGGCCUCUGAUCCUGAGCGAACUACUGUUUGACGAAAACAUCCGUGACCAGAUAAAGAAAUACAAACGCCAUUUUCUUCGCGUGAGUCUUCAAUCCCCUAUUGUUACAUUUGACCUCUGUCAUAACCUCUUACCACUGUGGUAAUGUGUUCAAGAGGGGACAAAGUUGACCAAAACCUUCCCAAAUUGAUUGUGGUUUUGUUACUUCUCCUCUUGUCUUCAGUUCUGUGUGAAUAACAAGAAGGCCCAGAAAUACCUCCUGGGAGGCUUUGAGUGCCUGGUAAAGCUGCACCAAGCCCAGCUGCUGCCCCGUGUGCCUGUCGUAUUCAAAGACCUGUAUGAUGCGGAUCUAGUGGAGGAGGAUGUCAUACUGUCCUGGGCAGAGAAGGUGUGUGGUUAAACUUGUACACGCUCUCACACAAGGUUCAAUACAGCUGUAUGUCAGACUGAUUACCUUAAUACCUAGUUUCUUGUAAAAUAAAGCAUUUUGUCCUCAUUAAAAUGUAUCAGUGUUUGCUCCUUCUCUGUGAGUGUUAUUGCUCAUGACUUUAUAACUUUCAGGUGUCCAAGAAGUAUGUCUCUAAGGAACUUGCCAAAGAGAUCCAUGCGAAGGCAGCUCCUUUCAUCAAGUGGCUGAAGGAGGCGGAGGAAGAGAGUGAGGGCAGUGAGGCAGAGGAGGAUGAUGAAAAUGUGGAGGUACUGAUCAGACUGUCCACUGAUAUAUUUUCAUAGCUUGCACAGUUUAUACACUGUGGUUUGAGUUGGGCUACUAGGAUAUGCUUAGUGAAAAUUGCAACUAAUGCAAGACCUACUAAAAGUAAUUCCGCUACCCAAGAAUAGUAAAGCCCCCUUUACUGGCUCAAAUAGCUGACCAGAUAAAAAAAAAAAAAAAAAAAUACACCUUAUGGAACAGCGGGGACUGUGAAGAGACACACACACACACACACACACACACAGGCACGGACACAUACGCAUAAGACACGCACUCUACACACGUACACAUGGAUGUUGUAUUGUAAAUAUGUGAUGGUGGAGUAGUGGCCUGAGGGAACACACUACAUUUAUUGGGUAAAGUGUUAUGAAAUGUCAUGUAAUAUUUUAAAUUGUAUAUAACUGCCUUAAUGUUGUAGGACCCCAGGAAGAGUAAGGGGAUCCUUAAUAAAUAUGAAUAGAAUUGAAUCAAUUUUGAAAUUGAAAGAAAUCUGAAAGUUUUUGUUUUGACGCCAGUAUAUGCACAACUAAACACUCUUUAUUUCCCCUCCUGCUCUCAGGUUGUAUAUGAUUCUUCUGCUCGGGAACUGAAAGUGGAGACCGUAAAACCGGACAAGCCUGACGAGGAAGAGGAUGACUUUGAUAUUGAUGCAAUUUAA